AUGCAACGCAAGCGAUAUGUGCUCGCCAAUUCAAACUACUCGAGUACCGAGGAAUGCUCGGGUCCGGCCGGUGUCUUGCCCAUUUAUAUCGGUGAUCGACUGUGUGUAACAGCGACAAAAGAUGGUUGGUGCUAUGGUUAUAAGGUCGACUCUCCAUCGGUUAGCGGUCUUUUUCCGGAAGCUGCUGUCAAGAAUAUUAGUUCACGAUUGAGAUUAUCGGGAUUACUAAAUGGUGCAAUAAAUGGAAACGGAAAGCACACUGAUGACCUGCCAAGUCCAUCUGAGGGAAUUCCAUUAGCAGAAGAAAUCGGAAAAGUUCUUCAAAGUUGGUGGUCGAGAAUAAAGGAUUUGUAUGCGAAGAACACGGAAUUGCAUUGGGUGGAAGAAGUGUUGGGAACAGUGGAUGAUUUAUUGAGGACAAGGAAGAAAUUGUUGGCUGGAGGAGUUCCAUCUGAAGAGAUUGCUCAUCUCAACAACGCCACCAGCUCGAGUAUCGAUAGGGUGAAUAUGCUUCUCUCAUUGAAUGUUGUCAUUCGAAAGACUAAUGGUCAGCCAACAAAUCUAGACGAUUUGAGUCUAAUCGAGCUCUACGAUGAACAUAAAAAGACACAGCUGAAGAUGACGAUUGAUCCGAAUGAUUCCUCAAAAGACCCAACCAAUGAUAUAUUCUCGAUUCUCUUUGAAGUAAAUUCGGUGACGAUCAAGGAAAGAUACGAUUGCGAGUUGAGCUAUCAGAUCUAUGAUCUCUCGAAUUCGACGUUUUUGAGUGAGCCUUUUCGUUUCAUUUGGAAUCACGAGACGCAAAAGCUUCGAGACGCGAAUGUUCGUGCUCUUUUCUAUGAUCUCAAUCAAAAAGAUAAAGAAAGAAGGCUUAUUCUGUUGGCAAGGGUUGCAAGGAUUGCUCCAAUCGAAUCCACAAGUGGCACAUUGAAGAAACAACUCGAACCUGGCCCUCAAUCGUUGUACUGUCGUCAAUUGAUCGCUUUCGAUAUCAUCGACUUGAAGCCGCUUUGCGACAAUAAAGGGGAUAUUCUAGAGAAAAUCGUGUUUUUCAAUCGUGAUGACUCUCUGUUUGAAACGUUGAAAAAGUUGAACGUCUUGGACAGAUUGACAAAUAUCAAGAAUGCGACGAUAAUUCGAGCCGAUGAAGACUGCAAAGCAAUGAUUUCCCUUCAACGCCUAAAUGGAGCAGAAAAGUCGCUGAAAACGAAAUUUCCGCAUGUUUUCGCGAGAUCUCCACCAGCUGCUGUGUUGAGAACUAGUCUCUCAAUGGUGACAAUAAAUGAAACGAUGAGAAACGACUUUUAUCUAACUCUCGUUUGCGCUGAGAUCUAUGGAAAGUUCACCGAUAAAAACAUUGAAUGUCGACUUUCAUUGUUGGAUUGUGAUGCUCAGAUUCUGGAAAAGAGAUUCGAAUUCAUUGAGCCAACAGGGAAUAUGAACACUUCAUCUUAUCAUUCUUAUGUUGUGUUGCAUGAGGAGAAGCCGAAAUGGUUGGAGCCAAUUAAGAUAAAACUACCAGAAAGCAUCAACCUGGAUGUGCAUCUCAGGUUCACAUUCCAUGCACGAAAAGUUUAUGACAAGAACAAGCCCGAGAAAGGACCUGUUGCGAUUGCUUUCCUCAAACUACUCGAUCAAGCAAUUAUGGCCGGUGAUAACGAAUAUGAGCUGCUCGUCUAUAAGGUUGAUUCUCAAAACUACGACGAGAUGAACACUUCCUAUCUCGACUUUCCGGAAAGCAAAGGCUCUUUGGGGAAUAAUGUCAAAAAUCCCCAGAACUCGCACUAUUCUUUGAUGGAGAAAGGCUCAUUCGUGGUGCGAACGCAAUCAUGCACGAAUUUUCUUACUCACGACAAGGAUCUACUCAACAUCUUUAGAUGGAAAGUUGCUCAUCAAUCGAUUUUUGAAGCCUCAUUGGUCGCCUUAACAAAUCGAUCCUAUGAGCGAGCGUCAACACUGGAAGUUGAGCUGAUGAAGAAUAUGGUCACUUUAUUGGAUACAUUUUUUGAAGCGAUGAACGAAAAAGUAGCCCUCAAGUUGUGUCUCUUUGAUGCCCUGGUGGCAGUACUGCGAUUAGCCGACGACCAGCCAAAGCAUUCCUCAUCGAAUGCUUUAAAGAACUACAUUUCGAGAUUCCCAUUCACUACAGUUGCACCCAAACUAAUCGAAGGAGUCAAUCACUAUCUCUCAUCGGCGGACACGAGCAAGAAUGACAAAACGAUGAAUACACUGAAGAUGUUCGGAAUCUUGACACAACUCAUCGUGAAGAGCAAAUUAAGCGCUGAUCAGCUUCAAGAACCAGUGGUUAAUUUCUCGGAAAUGAUCGACUCGAUGCUGGACAGUUUUGUGAGAUUGAUGGGUGAAACAAAGGAGAGAAUGGCUAUGCAAAAUAAAGCGUUGAGACAUUUCCCCGAUGCAAUCCCUUACCUUGUUCAAGUUUUCGACACAGCCAAGUUAACUAGACAACUCGUUCGAAUCAUUGAUGCUUUUGGCCCAAACAUUGUUCAACAAGAAAGACUCCAUUUUGUCGGACAAAUUGUCCAAAGCGAACUCUUCUUGGAUUCAUUCUGGAGAAACGAUCUGUUUGUAAAAUGUAUCGAACAGCUAUUAGCUCGUCUAGAUGUGGAUGAGCUUUUCUGCAAAGAGGCAGCCAAGGCAGCCGUGUCUGCUGGAAGGAUUUUGGGAACAAUUCUUGAUCAACUCUGGCCUCAGCAAAGAGCUCCAAUUGGUAGUGAUGAAGAAUUCGGGACGAUCGUUGAAAACUGCUAUCGGCCACUCGUCAAAUCGAUGGUUCAAAUCUCAAAGACUCAUCGAGAAUCAGAUCAAGAGAUUUCUGACGGUCGAGGUCUUCUUUUUGCUGUGAUUUUGGCUCUCUUCAAUCGAAUGUCGGCUCAAACUUUUGUCGCAUUUCUCGAGGCUAGACCUCAAGAACAGGACAAGAUGGAUCUACUCUUGGAAAUGUUACAAAUGUUGAGAGAUUGCCUCGGAAAAAGCCCAUAUCCCCAGAUUUGGGCACAGAUGACUUUAGCUCAGAACAAAGUUGUUCACAAGACACUUCGCUUCAUCAUGAGCGGCAUCCAGAAGUACUUCACAUCGGAAAAGAUGGUCAAUGAUAUGUAUGAUCUAGCUCAAGAAUACAUUCUGACUGUGGUUUGUUUCAUCAGUCAAGUCGGAGUGAAUCGGAAUGGAGAUGGGAAUGAUGAAGAGGAAUUGGCGGCAGGGUUGAGGAGACAAGCUGCGAAAGAUUUGCGAUCAAUGUGGUUCCGUUUGACUCCCUCCCACAAGAUGCAGUACAUUCCUCGCCUUGUCGGCUCUUUCCUCCAAGUCGCCUUGAUUCCCGAUGAACAAAUUCGUGAAGCCACGAUUCCUAUUUUCUUCGACAUGAUGCAAAGUGAAUAUCAACUCGAUUUAAUGAAAAGCUUCAGCAGGUUCUCCGAUGAAUUCAUUAGUCAACUCGAUCAACUUGUGAUGAAAGAGCACGGGACUCGAUCUUUUCAGAGACACUUUGUCAACUUGAUGAAUCAACUCUGCCAAUCUGACAAAGAGCUUUGGAACGAUGGAGGAAAGGAGUUUGUCGGUCGGAUCAAGAGGCUUUUAGGUCAUCUAUUCGAAUAUCGCUAUGCAAAGGAAUCGGCUGACUGCAUUGAGAUCGAUAUGAGCCGAACCGUGCAAUUGCUGCGUUUCUAUGAACAAUACGACUUGUUCAACUUGCAAAUUGCUUACGUCUACAAACUUUAUGAAUUGCAUAUGCAAUAUGGAAAUGAUAUCGAAGCGGCUAAAGCUUUGCUGAUGCAUGCUGAUAAGUUAUCGUGGGAAGAACGAGAGUUGCCCGAGUUUCUUAUCGGGAACUCGCUCAAUCGUCAUUGUGCAACUGAAAGACAGUUAAAAGAGCAACUCUUGUUGAGUUCUGCUGAUCUUUAUUCAAAAGGCGACAUGUGGGAGAACUCAGUUGCCAUUUUGCGACAACUGCAAGAAAUCUACUACACGGUGGACUACGAUUAUGAGAAGAUGGCCGAACUUUUGGUUCGACAAGCUGAUCUCUUCAAAAAGAUCGACAAAGAACAUCGAGCCUUUUUCUAUUUUUAUUUGGUGGCUUUUUACGGGAAAGGAUAUCCAUCGUUCUUGAACGGAAAAAAGUUUGUUUUUCGAUCGGAUCAAUUGGAAAGACAUCCGGAUUUUUUGCAGCGAAUGAAGCAAAUGUAUGGAAAUCCGGAUACGCAUACGACGAUGGAUGACUGCUCACAUCUAGAGAAUUCAUCUGGACGGCAUUUACAGAUCUUCAAAGUCGAUCCAGUUUGCCCAUCCUACGACUUAGGCCCUACGGUGAACCCGGCAAUCAAGGAGUACUAUCGAAAUUACAAUAUUCAAAAGUUUGAAUACUGUCGAACGCAUCUGGUAAAAGAAAGCAAAUGGACAGAGAUCGAUAACAAUGAAUUGUUGAAGACAUGGGUGACAAAGAGAAUUGUUGCCGUGGCUGAAAGUCUUCCAUCAGUGUUGAGAUUCUCACAAGCGAUCUCUGUCUCUUCACCGAUUGAAAUUUCACCAUUAGCGUUGGCAGUGCAAGGGAUGAGGAACAAGAAUGAGAAGUUGACUGAAUCAGCAAUCAAAGUUCUUCACAAUCCACUGUACUCAACAAGAAACUUUGCCGGUGAUAUUCAGGGAGUUGUACAAGCAGCCGUAAUGGGUGGAGUCAAGAAUUAUGAGGUAUUCUUUGACGAGAAAUGCUCAAAUAUCUAUGAUGCUGAAGAGAAAGGAAUGUGUUUGGAGUUGAGACGAUUGAUCAUCGAUCAGCUUGCCAUUGUCGAGUAUUGUAUCUAUGCACACGGGAAACGCCAAGAAGCCGAUCGAAGCAUUCAUAAUCUUCUCGUUGAAGGCUAUCGUGAGCACAAAGAUUAUGUGGAGAGAAAAUUCGGGAAAGCGAGUUCUUUGCUGCCACAAGGAGCCUCAAUAUAUGAUUGUGCCGCUGAGCCAUUGCCGAAUCCGUCUUUGGGAGAAAAGGAUAAGAAACCGAGUUCAAUGAGUUUGGGAAAUCAAUCUGUGGACGAAGCACCGACAACUUCUCAGCCCUCAUUGAUCACAACUGGAUCAAACACCCUCAAAAAAGGCUUUCAAAAGUUUAUCGGAUCGACUCCAAGGAAAAGUUUCAGUCAGCUAUCGACCACCGUGAUCAAACACAGCGAGAAACCCGUUGAGAUGUUUGAUCGAGUGAUGAAAACAGAUUCGCUAGAAAAUAUUAAGAGAUAUGUGAAGAACAGUCCGAUCACGUCUCCAUUGAGAAAGCACUACAAUAGUCAAUCUUCAUUGGAUGGGGUGAAGUUGCGAACGCCAAUCACACCAAAGUCUCCAAAUUUCCCGCCCGGAACUCCACCACAAUUACCACAGAGAUUGGAUGAAGAGACGCCGAAUAGUACAUUGGAGAGACCGAUGAAGAAGGCGAUGAUGCCAAAGCCGCUUCCGCCCACACCGUCUGAUCUU